AUGGCAAUUUGUGCCCUGACGUCACGUGUGCUCUCCUGCUUUUAUCGCCUUCUCCACGCCACACCCUUCCUCCUGCCUGCAGCGGGGGCUACUUCAAGAGGGAAGGCCGGCCUAAAGACCACGAGUUCCUUCUCCCGGUUUCCCCCAUCUGUGUUUUCUCACCAGAUCUUGGUGUCUCGUCUCAUCGAUCGACCUCUACGUCCCAUGGUGGCCAAGGGGUUCAACCACGAAGUGCAGGUCCUAUCAUGGCUGUUCAGCUAUGACGGGGAGCACAGCCCCGACGCCCUUGCCAUCACAGCUGCUGGCACCGUUGCUGCUUCAGAGCCCACUCAAAACUACGACGGAGAGCACAGCCCCGACGCCCUUGCCAUCACUGCUGCUGGUGCUGCUCUGCAUGGUGAAUGGCGCUCUGGUCGUCAACCCCACCAACCAGCAGCUGCUUUCCCUACCCUCCGACCACCCUGCCUCCCCCACCCUUCCCCAUCCUUUCCCACCCUUUCCCCCAGGGCUUUAUCGGACGUCCCCCUGGCGGGGAUAGUGGCGGGGGUGCGCGUGGGCAUGGCGAAUGGCGCUCUGGUUGUCAACCCCACCAACCAACACCGCUCCUCCCUCCUGUCCCCACCCUCCUCCCACCCUUCCCCCCCCACUGCCCCCCCCAAUUCCCCAUUCCCUUCCCCCAGGGCUGUAUCAGAUAUCCCUCUGGCGGGGAUAGUGGCGGGGGUGCGCGUGGGUAUGGUGAAUGGCGCUCUGGUCGUCAACCCAACCAACCAGCAGCUGGAAGGGUCGCCUCUGGACCUGGUGGUGGCUGGCACUACCGACUCAGUGCUCAUGAUCGAGGGCUACUGCAACCUCCUGUCGGAGGAGCAGCUUCUGGAGGCCGUUGCAGCAGGGCAGCAAGCCAUCAGUGCCAUCUGCCGCGGCCUACACAAGUGGACCCAGGAGGUGGAGGGAGUGGCAAAGCCGAAGCUCACUGCCGCCAUCCACGCCCCACCGGCUGACCUGCUGGGUCGGCUGGAGGGACUGGUGGGGGCGGACUUGGAAGCGGCGCUGAGGAUCGAGGGGAAGAAGCAGCGGGGGGUGGCUAUGAAGGCAGUAGAGGAGAAGGUGCUGGGAGCGCUCACAGAGGCGGGGCAGGCAGCAAUCAGGCAGGCAGCAAAGGAGGAGGAUGAGGAAGCAGAGCUGGCAGAGGAGGAAGGGCUGGUGGUGCCACUAGGGGACGUGUACGAAGGGGAGGUGCAUGCAGCAAAGGAGGAGGACGAGGAAGCAGAGCUGGCAGAGGAGGAAGGGCUGGUGGUGCCGCCAGGAGAUGUGGACGAGGGGGAGGUGCAUGUGAAAGGCACAGGGACAGGCAUGGGGAAGGGCGUGGGCAAAGGGAAGGGGAAGGCGGAUGUGGUGGAGGUGGCAUAUGACCCGGUGGAUGUGAAGAAGCAGCUCAAGGAGCUGACGUCCCGGAUCAUGCGACGCAUCAUUGUCACCGAGGGUCGUCGCAGCGAUGGCCGGGGAACCAGUGACGUGCGUCCCAUCGAGUCAGCCUGUGGCGUUCUGCCACGUGUGCAUGGCAGUGCACUGUUCACCCGAGGGGAAACACAGGCGCUCGCAGUGGCGACACUGGGGGGGGAGGACAGCGCGCAGCGAUUGGACCACCUCACUGCCACGUCAGAGCUCAAGCGGUUCUACCUGCAGUACACCUUCCCGCCCUCCUCUGUGGGUGAAACCGGACGUGCCGGGUUCACGAGUCGCAGGGAGGUGGGGCACGGGGCUUUAGCUGAACGGUCCCUGGAGCCAGUGCUGCCAGAUGCGGCAGGUUUCCCCUACACCGUGCGAGUGGAGUCCACCAUCACAGAGAGCAACGGCUCCUCCAGUAUGGCGUCUGUGUGCGGCGGUUGCCUUGCUAUGCUGGACGCGGGGGUGCCCCUCCGCGCUCCUGUAGCUGGAGUAGCCAUGGGGCUCAUUCUGCACACGGAGCAGGCAGGAGGGGACGGCACCCCGGUCAUUCUCACAGACAUCCUGGGGUCAGAGGAUGCGCUGGGGGACAUGGACUUUAAAGUGGCGGGCAGUGCCAAGGGGGUGACCGCCUUCCAGAUGGACAUCAAGGUUCAGGGGAUUACUAUUGAUGUCAUGCGGACGGCUCUACAGCGAGCCAAGGAAGGGCGGCUGCACAUACUGGGUGAGAUGGCCAAGGCUCAUCCUCCCCCGUCGAAGCGCCUCUCGCAAUAUGCCCCCCGAUGCGAGUCCAUCCAGGUUGACCCAGAAAAGGUGAAUCUCAUUAUUGGCAGUGGUGGCAAGACUAUAAAGAGUAUAAUCGAGGAGUCUGGAGUCGACUCGAUCAACAUCGAGGAUGGGGGACAGCUGCGCAUAUAUGCGCGGUCAGAGGCGGCACUGGAGCUGGCAAGGGCGCGCAUAGAGGGGCUCACAAUGGUGCCGGAAGUGGGGCAGAUCUACCGUGACUGUGUGGUGAAGACUGUCGUUCCAUACGGGGCUUUUGUGGAGCUCAAACCAGGGAAAGAGGCCCUCAUCCACGUCAGUGAGCUCUCCACCGUUCGACUCAACAAGCCGGAAGAUUUUGUGGCAGUCGGGGACACUCUCGACGUCAAAAUUCUUGAGAUCAAUGCAAGAGGCCAGCUGCGAUUGAGUCACAAGGCAGUGCUUCUAGAGGAGGGCAGGGAGCCCGUGCUCACUAGUAACGCAUCCGCUACAAGCACAGCAACCCCUAAUGGCUCGAGCGGGGAAAAUAGAAAUGCUAUGGGAGCUGGGAAAGGUGGGUAUGCCCCUCCUAAGUCUGUGAAGCCUAAUGCUCCUGCGUCCCCUUCGCCCUUGGUGCCUAAGCCAAGGGGUAGGUGA